AUGGAUGAAAUCCAACCACAAAAUGAAAUAUACGGAAUGACUAAAGCAUGGUCACGCUAUAACGAUUACCUGUACUCAAUAAUAAACCAAUUGCUGUCAUUAACAUACGCACAUAAAUAUUUCGGCUCUAAUGAAACAUGUGAAGUGUUGAAGAAUAUAUACGGAAUAUUGAAAGAAGAAAUUGAACACCUGAAACAAUUGCAAGGAGAAUUGAAUAAUACAAAUAUAAGAUACAUAGAGGAGAAAAGAAACUUUAAUUUUGAAAAAAUAAGUAAAAUAAUAGGGGAAAUACUAGAUUCUAAAAAUAAAAUAGAGGAAGUCUCAGUGGAAGAAAGUAAAUCGACGUUUCAAGAACUUUGUCCAAUAUCAAGAAAUACAAUAAUACAGCCCGUUACACAAAAGAAAAACAGAGGCGCAAUAAGCUGCCCAGUGAUAGGUUGUAAAAAAAGAGUAGCAAAGGAGUACUUGCACAGGGACUUGGAGCUAGGAUACUUUAGAAAGAAGAAACAGUUCCGCAAAUCAGUAGAAAACAUAAACAAUAACCUGAUUAAGCCCUUCAUCCUGGUAUGA